AUGCCUUACAAGUUGAUUACACCCAAAAAAAACUUCCCUAUAAAUUCCUUAAAUCUUCUCACUUCAACACAAAACAAUUCAACAAAAUUCAUCAACAUGGCAAUUUCAUGGCCUCUUGUUGUUUCACUUCUUCUUUCAAUUUCAUCCCUUGCAACUUCUGCUUCAAAUUCUGAUUCAGUCCAUGAAGCUUUUGUUCAAUGUCUUUUAGACAAUUCACAUCCAUCUCACCCUAUUAGUGAAGCCAUUUUCACACCUCAGAGCCGGUCAUAUGCCACAGUCUUACAAUCCUACGUUCGAAACCUUCGAUUUAAUGAGACCUACACACCCAAACCCUUCCUUAUCCUCACUGCAUUAUACCAAUCCCAUAUCCAAGCCGCCAUUAUUUGUGCCAAAAAGGGCAACAUUCAAAUGAAAAUCCGAAGUGGUGGACAUGAUUAUGAUGGUUUAUCAUAUGUUGCCACUGUUCCUUUCUUUGUCCUUGACAUGUUCAACCUUCGAUCCAUUGAUAUAGAUAUGGAAACCGAGACUGUUUGGGUUCAAAGUGGAGCAAUUCUUGGUGAACUUUCUUAUAGAAUCUCUGAGUUGAGCAAAACACAUGGUUUCCCAGCUGGUGUUUGUCCUACAGUGGGUGUAGGAGGUCAUUUUACUGGAGGUGGCUAUGGUAAUAUGAUGAGAAAAUAUGGUUUAACAGUUGAUAACAUCGUGGAUGCUUAUUUCAUUGAUGUUAAUGGUAGAAUUCAUGAUAGAAAAUCAAUGGGGGAAGAUCUUUUUUGGGCUAUUAGAGGUGGUGGAGCAGCUAGUUUUGGUGUGGUCCUUGCAUAUAAAAUUAAGUUGGUCCGUGUACCUGAAAUAGUUACUGUUUUUCGGGUUGAGAAAACAUUGGAAGAUAAUGCCACUGACAUUGUUGAUCAAUGGCAACAUGUUGCAUCUAAACUCCCUAAAGAACUCUUCGUUAGGCUUGUCAUUGACGUCGUAAAUAGUAGUACUCGUACCGGUGGAAGUACCGUUAGGGUUUCAUUCAUUUCCUUGUUCUUAGGAGAUUCCAAGACACUUGUUUCAAUCAUGAACGAGAACUUGCCUUUACUUGGUUUAUCUCAAUCGGAUUGCAUCGAAACCAGCUGGAUUCGAUCGGUUCUUUUUUGGACCAACAUCACCAUCGAUAGCCCAACCGAUGUUUUAUUGAACCGAACCCCGUCGUUGAGUUAUCUCAAAAGGAAAUCAGACUACGUAAAACAACCGAUCCCGAAGACGGCAUUGGAAGGUAUUUGGGAAAAAAUGAUCGAAUUACAGCCGGCGCAAAUGAUAUUCAAUCCAUACGGUGGGAGAAUGGCUGAGAUUGCGUCCACAGCGACUCCAUUUCCACACAGAGCUGGCAAUUUAUGGAAGAUUCAAUACUUAGCGAAUUGGAACCAAGGUGGGGCUGAAACAGCCCAGCGUUACAUAGAGUUGACAAGGAAGCUUCAUAGGUACAUGACACCCUUUGUGUCCAAGAAUCCAAGGGAGGCAUUUCUUAAUUAUAGAGACAUUGAUUUGGGUGUCAAUCACAAUGAUAGAGGAAGCUAUUUGGAAGGGAGGGUUUAUGGGAUCAAAUAUUUUAAGGGUAAUUUUAAUAGGUUGGUCCAUAUUAAGACUAAGUUUGAUCCUACUAAUUUCUUUAGAAAUGAACAAAGCAUUCCUACUCUUCCCCAUUAAGAGAAGACAGAUAUAAUUAUUAAUGUUUAUUCAUUUUAAGUUUUAGUUCAAUUAGUUCCAUUGUUAUUGUAAUAAUUAGAAAAUAUGAACUCAAAUGUAUUGAAGCAUGUUUUUCUUUCAA